GAAAAAUCACAAAAAAGAGAAAGAAAGAAAGAAAGAAAACCUAUUCUAAUCUGAGGGUAAUAAGUAUAUUUAAGGAUGGCAGACAAUGUUUUUGGCAAUCCAAUCACGAACAGUACUCUGCAGGCCAUGCCUGAUUAUGAAGGAAAAGUAAUAACGCGUCGAGAUAGAGCAUACGUGGCACUUAAUAUGAAGAACGCUCAAGGUAAAGAUAAAGAUGCCCAAGAUUAUGUAGAAAAAUUGAGAGAAGAAUGGGGAAGCGGAGUUGCUACUCUUUGCUUAAUUUACAAUGCUACUGGUGAUACCAUAAAAUUCGUUUGUGAAUAUAGUUGGCAUGGUCAUAUUGGGCCUAGUCCUUAUCCAAGUGAGAUUGAAAAUGGUCAGUGGGGUGCAUUUCUUCAUGUCAAAACUGCUGUCGUACCAUCAGGCUCUGCUGCCUCUUGUGUAUAUCGUGGUCAAAAUAACAAUGGUCAACUAUGUGAUUGGAUGGUAGCAUGGUCUAACCCAUAUCAUCGAUUGUUUGCAGACAACAAGGCAUAUACUGAGAUUCGUGAACAGGGACAUUAUGAAGCGCCGCAUGACUAUUGGGAAUAUAUCUUCAGCUUAUUAAAUGACCUUAGUCAUAGAGACAAGUGGAACGGAUGUCUAUCAAACGUGUCUACAGGAAGUGAUACAAAUCCAUUAUGUGUGGGAAUCUUCACUCUCACAUACCCUUGAGAGAUUUCUGAUCAUUGUCGUUAAUAAGAUGCUCAUUGUGUAACACUAAACCUACAACUAUCACCAUAAAUAAUGGCCCUUAAACCCUAGAUUAAUAAAUCUAGUACUACCCAUGAAUAAUCCCCUUGGAGCCCUUUACCUUGAAGAUGUGUGCAUGUUAAAUUAUCUUCUAUAGCCUACCUACCCAUGAAUAAUGGUUCCUUGGAGCCUUUACCUGCUUCAAGAUGUGUGAACUUAAAUAUUAUAUAUGUGUUAUAUGGCUUUCUACUUUUUACUUUGAUGGAAAUAAAACUUUUAAAUUUAGCUCAAUAA